AUGGCGGCGCUGGAGGGCAAGCUGGCUCUGCUCGAGUCGCAGCGGCAGCUCAGCGCCGUUAAGUGCCGCAUCUUCGUCGACAUGAUGGAGUCAACUAUUCAGUGUGCCGAGGAGUCCACUAUUGAGAAAUACGCAACGUAUGCUCAGAGGGACGCCCGUUUGAGUUUGGAUUUGCCUGAGUACGCACCCUAUGCGGAGAGAAACACCGGUUUGGCACGGACGCUAUCAUCGUCAGGCGCGAAGCAGCAUGCGGCGUGCGAAAGAAUGCGCGCUACGAACAGCAACAGCAGCAGCGGCGGCGGCGGCGGCGGCGACAGCGGUAGCAGUGGUGACGGGCGGAGGGCGUACGAGCCUGCCGCGGCGAGUCUCGGCGGCUCGUAUCGGCGGAGGUCCAUCGACGUGCCGCCGGUGUCGUCAGCAGCGGCGCGCUGCGCGUCGUGGCGGGAAGAUAUGAUCUUCUACGCCCCGAGUGGCAGCCGCACUGGAAGCCCCGCCCGCCCCCUUUCCCGUCGCCGCAGCGGCACCUUCCGUGCGCCUGCUCCUUCCCGCGGAGCUCCGGAUGCCGCCAGCGCCGAAGCGCUUACCCGCGAUGUGUAUCAGUACGAUUUGCCUCGUGACGGUGAGACUCGGCGCUCAGCGGCCGCGGCGCGGCGAUCGUUUCAGACGACUCGGGGGUACGAGGAUCGCUGCGCCGUGGAUUCCUCCGGGCUGAGCGGGCCUCACUGGCCUGCCAGUCAUCGGAGUCAACCGGAUUUGCGAAGUCAAGCGAGUCUGCGAAGUCAACGGCUGUCGCAGAGAGAUCUCGUUUCGGCGUCAGACGAAUGCAAUUGGCUAGCAGAACCGUCGCUGCCUUCGCGUGCGGCAACGGAACCCGCAUCCAACAACUGCGCUCGCUCCACGUCAUCAUCGUCGUUCAUCGUGCCGUCCGCCUUCUCAUCUUCCAACUCUAUCGCCACCACUGCUCCUCUCUUCGACUCAUCCUUGGAGACAGGCUCUUCCCGCUCGUCGUCCCCCGCUUCCGCGUCGUCCGCUUCCCCCUCCAGCCCCGAAGCUUCCGCCCGCCUCUGCUCCCCCUGGACCAAGGGUCCCUUCGAACAGCUUACGCCCGUUUCCGUUGCAGCUGCGCCUGGUAAUCCGCUGUUUCCCGCGGCUGGCGCGGGUUCUGGUCCAUCCGCCCCUCAUUCUGCGCAUGAGCCAAUCCCAAGUGCUCCGAGCGACAAAGAAGGAACGACCAAGUCGCGGGGAGGUUCCUGGCGCCGGCGCGCACAACCGAAAGUGGAGGAGCGCGCGGAGAAAGCAGUCGAGGCGCAGGAGAAGGUCGCGGCGAAAGUUGCACCUGCAGCGCAAGAGGGGAAGCCCUCAACGCAGCGCGAUAGACGACGAAUGAGUGUGGGAGGAUUCGCGAGCAGCCUGUUGGGUGAUUUACGGUACAAAUAA